AUGAAUCUUCCCGGCGAGAUCGAGGAAUUCCUCUCUCGCUUCCUGGGCUACGAAGGAUUCCGCUUCCAUUUGCGACGUUACCUGCUUUUCGCCACGCUCUUCGCGCUCAUCAUCGUUGGCUACGUCUCGUCCGUCGCGCACCACAGCGCGAAUCUCACCGCCAGAUAUGGCUACGACCCCGACGCUCCGCAAAUCGCGCCGCUAGUAGCGGAGGAUGACGCGAAAAGCGACAGUAUUUCACAAGACGACAGGAUGGGGAAAACCGAGGAAAAAGAAAGGCGGGAAGAGGAAUCCGAUAACGAGGAGCCCGAAAAAGCGGGAUCAGGAGCGGAAGGUUGGGCAUGGAAAGAGGCGGGGACAGCGGGGGAAGCACGGAUAGGGUCAGAGACGGGGGGAGAGGAUCAGGACGGGGAAGGGGGAAGGGCGGAGACGGGGGCAAGAGACGCGGAAGGAGGAGGCGGAAGGAAAGGGGAAGCAACAGGGGAAGGAAAUGGGGAGAGGAAAGUAGACGGUGAAAGGAAAGGGGAAGGAGGAGGGGAAUCAACGGCAGUACCGUCAGAAUCAUCAUCAUCAUUAACAGCAGCAGCAGCAGGAGGUGGGGGGGCAAGGAGGAGCGCUGAGAAGGACAGGUGUGCGGUGGAGCAGGGCACGUGGAAAAGGGACAACACGUACCCGUUAUACGCCUCCACGUGUCCUUAUAUCGAGUCCCGGUUCGCCUGCACUGGAAGGCCGUUCUUUGAAUUUGCCCAGUACCGCUGGCAGCCUGCUGGGUGCCUGCUGCCGCGGAUUGAUGCCGGGAAGCUUCUCAGCAGCUUCCGGGACAAGCAUGUUGUGUUUGCAGGCGAUGCUGUGGCGAAGCAGAUGUUCCUCUCCCUCAUCUGCCUCGUGUGGGCCCAGGCCUCUUCUCCCUCCUCCUCCUCCUCCACGCCACCCGCCUCACCCUCCUCUGUGCUGUACCGAGUCUCACCAAAAGCAAAGACCGCUGCCAGGCGUGCAACAAGGGCAGAGAAGGAGGCAAUGGCAUCAGCGGGCGCGGAGAUGUGGCGAUCAGCCAACGAAAACGUAACGUUUGUGUUCUUCCCUUCGGACUACCUGGUAACCAGCAUCGUCAGCACCACCACUGCCACCACCAGCAGCAGUGGGAAGGCAUCAACGGUGCGUGUAUUUCUGAAUCAGCUGGGGCCGUGGCACGAGUUUGCAGAGCAGCACGCAGACCUCCUCGUGCUGCACGCUGCUGCAGCCUUCUCCCACAACGCAUUUCUCCCCACCCUUGCAACCGCAAGCCCUUAUUACAACACCAGCAAUAGCAGCAGCAGCAGCAAGGAGCAGCGUGUUGUUUUUCUCAACGGCACCUCUCCUGCACAUGAUUCCAGUGAAGCCGCCGCCUCCUCAGACUCGCUAUCCGCCUUCCGCUCUGCACUGAGGACGUUCAGUGCCUGGGCUAGGAGCACCCCUCGAUUGAAGAACAUUCCGGUCUUCUUCCUUAGCACUCCUGGACACCAUUUCGCCUCAAGCAAGGACCCUGCAGUCCCUCGUUACAAGAACAUAUGGAAGGCCAAGUGGUCUGGCAAAGCAGUGGCAGCAGCAGCAGCAGCAGCAGCAGCGGAUUACAAAUUCUUCCAAUCGGGCAAGUUUCAGCUGCUCGGGCAGAUGCACAUGUGA